CCUCACCGACCUUCUCCUUCGACUCCCUCCACUCACACUUUCCCACCAUCCUGUUAAGCCUCUUCUUCCUUCGUAGCCUACUUAUUCUACGCCCGCGGAUUCACGGCGGCUUUCUUGCUUGGUGUUUGUUACUGGGGAGAAAGUUAUUGCACUAGUUAUCUCGUUAUUUCCUGCUUCCGCCUCCCCGUUGUCGCUAAUUUCUUAACCCCCCUUCAUCCUCGCUUAGGAUUUUGAGAAGAGGAAACCCCCCCUCCCCCCGGGAGAUACAUCCAGUUGGCAACCAUGGCCGAUCUAGUGGACUCUCUUUCCACCCUAACAGCCAAUCCCGUCACCUCUUCGCCGCAAGGUUGCUUUCUUGAUGAAGAUGUCGACGGACGCCUAGAUACCGAUGAAGAUCUGGAGUUCAUAGAGGAGGGUGAGCACGAAGAUGAAGAAGUUAGUAAGCCUAGUGUCUUUAACGGUAAGGACAAAGAGGGGGUGAAGAUCUCACCUGGACAGGACUCGAAGAAGAGUGGGGAUGGGGGGAACAAGGAGAAUGAGAAGGAGCGGAAUAUAGCCAAUGGAAAAAUCAGGGAUCUGGAAAACUCAGAUCGCGGUGCCAGUCGGGGUCAGGAGGCUCGGGUGCUCUGUGGGGCCAGUUCAACCCCUACAACCAAACGAGCGCCUUUGACAUUGGUUGAGUUACCGGUGGAUGUGCUGAAAGAUAUUGUAAAGGAGGUUAAUCACACGAACGAUUUGACUAACCUAUCGCUUACCUGUCGAUGUUUACAUGCUCUUUCGAUACCCCACAUAUACUCACGUUUUGAUAUUGUUUGGCCCGAUGUCUCUACUCCCGGAGACCGAACGGGCGUCGAUGCAUUGACUUAUGGGCUUGCAACUCUCACUGCCUCCGGGCGCAGAGGCAAUGAUUAUGCCCGAUGGGUCAAGAAGUUCUCUUUAGGGAAUGGGCCGGGCGAUUGGGUGGGAGAGUACAACAUCAACAAGGAAGGGGGCAAGAUGCUUGGAACUUUAGUGUGUUUGGCAAUCACAAGAAUGAUAGCGCUGGAGACGUUCUCUUGGGAUAUGCCGACCGGGGUGUUGCGUGACGUUUUCAAAGCUCUUCAUGACCUUAACGGGACUCUGAAGAACGUCCAUGUGAGGUUUCACGAUAAUACUGAGACCACUCCACCGACCUCUCAAGAUCCUAGUCGAAGGGUUGAAACUCCCACCUUCAAAGGAUUCGAGGGGUUGAGAAGCCUUAGCGUUCUGGAUAUUGACGAGAUGCAGUAUCUCGAGGAGGUUAGUUAUGCAGUGGAAAAAUCUGUCGACAAACUUCGAGAGUUGCGUCUGGGUUUGGCGCAUCAUGUCCCGCCGGGUGGAAGAUGGAUAAGAGAUUUAGAUGAGGCACCUCAUGGCGAAACUUUGCCGCUUGUCCAAUCUGCUGUAGGUGGGGCCCUUGGAAUUGUAGUGGGCAGGAUUGUCGAUUUAGAGGAGGGAAGACGCCGGAGGAAAAUUAACAAGCUCCCUGGGGGUACAAAUACCAAUCCUGGGCAAAAUAUUCCUCCUCCCCCAGCGCUGCCACAACCACCAAGCAGUACUUCUGCGUUAGUAACUCUUGUGAAUGGUGUUCCCGCUCCCGCAAAUUUAGGCUUACAAGGAAAUGCUGGGCCUGAUCUCAUACCUACCGAUGACGCACCUGCAACACCGGUUGACGAGGCUUCGGCUACUUCUCCUUCCUUAGAUGGGUUUGUAGAAGUUGAAUCUGCUACACCCGGUGUUGUCACGGCUGGGGUUGCUCACACCACUGCUAGCACCGGCGUUACGGCUUUCAGCGUUGUUGGUCCCGGAGCUGUUCAGCAAAUCGUCCCAACGGUAUCGUCAACCCCGAUAAAUAUCCCUCAAGUGCCUUCGCCAAUACCGCCAACAGGCCAGGCUUCUGAGCCUUUGUUUUCAAAUGCGUCUCCAAUUACUCUUGCGCCAACAGUAGGGCCUUCGGCUCCAAAGCCAAGGCCAAUGAAACCAAUUGAAAUUGAGGAAACGAAGCCAGCACUUCAACUGACGUUGGAGACAUUAGAGCUUGAGAGAGUGCCGCUAUCAAUUCGGGUGCUGACAAAGGCAAUCGAUUGGACAACUUUAUCGAACUUGACUAUUCUUGGUUGCCAUGAUCAUGAUCGCUUUUGGAGGGCUCUUCGCCAUAGAUUCUCGCCGCAUCCCAACCAUGGCUCCUCGAUGGCACCUACGAAUAUUGGCAUCAACAAGCCCGGCUACCUACGUCGUCCCAGUAAUCCAGUCGGGCAUGCGCCAGAGUACAGGAUUCGGCUCAAAAAGCUUCAUACAGACACAGUCACCGGGGCAUUGCUUGCUUUCAUCAGGGAAACUCUGCCUCCGAAUUCUUUAGAGGUGCUCUUCUUGCAGGAGAUACCCAACUAUUCCAGUGUGGUACCAAUGGAACACAUCUACAAGUCUGCGAUGAGGCGACAUAAGGGUAGCUUGAGAAAGCUAUUAAUUGAUAGCAAUGUUGGGCUUGGAGGCGAAAAUGCCUCAAAGUGGAUUUUUGAUAAGGAAGUUAUAGCGUUCGUCAGCAGUGGGAAGAUGCCAAAUCUCCGGGAGUUGGGGAUGGCGAUAGAGUGGAAGAACUGGCAUUACUUUUUAACCCGCCUUCCUCUUAUGCCACAACUCCGAUCUCUCUAUAUUCACUACGUUCGCCAUGGUCCACAUAUUUCGGACUUUGAGAGCAAGGAAAUGGCCCAACAGAUUGUCAACACUGUCAUCCUCCGCCCAGAGGUUGAACUUUGUUAUGUUGGCGUCCUAAACAAAUGUUUUGAACUCCUGGAAGACGGCGGGCCAGACGAUCCAGAAACAGAACCCGACAUUCACUCAACGACAGCGCAGCACGCGCCACCUGGCGCUACUGGUGUGCCGGGAUCCCCGCCAAUUGGUAUGACGGUAGUUCCUAUAGCAAUCAAUAGUGAAGAUGAGGAUAGUGACGCUGAGGAGGAGGACGACGACGACGAAGAGGACGGAGAGGACGGAGACGAAACUGACACUGAUGAAGUUGCUGGUGAUAAAUAUCUUUCUGAUGAUGAAGAUUGGACUGGUAAAUCGACGGACAAAGGUGCUAGAGUGCGUUUGAGGGAGAUAUUGUUUUACGACGAUAAGGUCGCUGUGUUUAGAGCGAGGCAUGGGAAACUGUAAACCCUUUCAUUGGAGCUUUUUGAUUUGUUUUUCACCCCAUUUCUCCCAGUUUUGUUUUUAGUGUUUUUAGUGUUUUCUUUUUUUUUUUUUGGUUUUACCAUGGCUAUUAUCACGCUUUCAUCAUUAGGUUUCUCGGUUUUUUUCUAUCUUUUUCUUUCUUUUUCCUUUCACAUUUUCUCGUUUUUACACAUGUUUAUGGUUGGGAUAAUGAAUCAUUGAUAAUCAAAGGAGAGCCUUUUCUUCUC